AUGUCAAGUAUCAGUGCUCAAACAAUUUUUCUCAAUAUAGGAGUCACCAGAAUCGUCAGUUUUCACCCGAAAGUUGAGCAGGAAUCACUUGAAGUCACUUUCUCCCAACGAGGAGGAUAUUCGCAAAUCAACGUCUACAGCCUGAAUGCUGCUGGAGAGAUAGCUCAACAGACGAUUCUCUUUUCUGAUAUCGUACUCAUGGUUCAAUCUGUUUUCGAAUGUGAUGAUGGAUUCAUUGGAGAAACUUGCCAAGAUAUUUCCACCACCUUCACCACAACCACGACGACUGAAGAAACAACGACUGCCGCCACCCAAGGAACCACUUCAUCUUCUGAAUUGCCAACUGCCAGCGCUUUCACCGCCUCAGUGUCCACUGAUAUCAUAAUCUGCUUUAGUUUUUCUGUAUUUUCCGUGGUGCUGCUUAUUCUAAUAGUGUCCAUGUAUCUCCGACGUCGCCAACAACACAUCUACAUCCAACCUCAUACUCCAGUCAAGAAGACCCACAUCGAUCUCGUGGAUUCCGGAAUCUACUCCACAGAAAGCAAUCGAUACACUGGCUCUCCACAUCUUCAAUGUUAG